AUGAAUGCCGCUAGGGGGAUUCGAAACGGUCGAUCACCUCUGUGGAUAGCGUCGGAUGUGCUUAACCGGCGUCCUACUUUCAAGAGGACUUUUUUGGCGUGCGUUGCUUUCGCCGCCGUAUCGUCCUCGUACCCAAGCGACGGUCGCCUAGGAAGCUCCGUGGCGAUAUGGGAGGUGACUGCCGCUGAGGUAGGAUCGUCUGAGUCUCCCGCGAGGCCAGAACGCCCUUUAAUGCGCGGUGGCAUUCUCCCUUAUGCAGAUGCAGACGAUGCCGAUUAUGGUGCAGGCCAGGUGAACGGCACCAGCGAAAAAGUGGGGAACCAGUCGGACUAUCCCGCGCGAGAUGGUGAAGAGGAAGUCUUUCGCUACGCAGGUGGUAAUGGCGUGUUGCCGACUUCUCUCGACGAGGCGGACGACGACAACCAGCAAGAAGGGCGGAAAACAAGGACAGGGACGAAUCGCCAAGGAGGCAGUGGCCUACGGGAAGGCGCUUUUGAAGAGAAGGCGGACGAAGCCAUGGCAGAAGAGGAUGACACUUUCCCAGGUUCGGGGGAUGCCGAAGAAUCAGUCGAGGGGGACGAUGACUGGGAAGAGCCAGAGCACGAGGAGUUUGAUUUCCAAUACCAUAUGCCUCAACAAUACCGUCGUGUGAUACCGGGAACCAAUAUCGAUUAUUAUGAUUACGUGCUUAUGGAAGAAAGACGGGCACGUGGAGAAGUAGACGAACUUCCAAUUGAUCGCAGUGGACUUCUCCCAUCGGAUGCCGGAAAACCUUUGACAGUCGUCCAGGAAAACAAUGGGGUCUUCUCGUAUUGCUAUACGACUGAGCAAGCAGAUCUCUUGGAGCGCUGCGCUCAGGCUGCCACUCUGGGAGUCGGAGUGUACAUUCCGAUUGUGAAUAUGACAGAUUUCAGUCGCCACACCAACGCCGAGAUUGGGAACCCAGCGGUUCAAGCAGUUUCUAUUCCCCCUCAACACUACAAAGCUGCGCGCCAGGAUUUUACUUCUGAAUGGUUUCAAACUAUCGCUGAACUCAAGAAUCGUACCCGCCUUCGCGUCGGAGGCCUGUGGUUCGGGCCUCCAGAUUUUGAUCGGAUGAGUGAGGUUCUCAGCAAAUACCCCGGCCUAUUCGACGGAUUUCUUGUGGACUGGGACUCUGGAGAAGGGGCUUGCAUGAGCAAGCUUAAAAGGCCACCUCGUUUCAACAGGAACGGACGUCAAAACGGAUGGUGGAACAAAUCCUUUUUCAUGCGCUAUUACGCUGGAGGACAAGAUGUGAACACCUGCCGCCUGCCCGACCGGACACCUUAUACAGCAGAGCCUUUCGUCAACAACAACCUCAGAGGCAAGAUCCUCCUAAAUGACACUUGCGCAGCGCUUGGACGAGAGCUUCCACCUCACGAUCUUAUAAUGGCUAUAUAA